AUGUCCGACACAAUGGUCGCCGAGAAGAAGUACGGCAGCCCGGCCUUGCCUGAGGUCGAGACCGAGCUCGACCACUAUGGUGACAACGCCGACGGCUUGCAGCGCCGUCUCAACAACCGCCAGAUCCAGCUCAUCGCCAUCGGUGGCUCCAUUGGUACCGCCCUCUUCAUCAGUAUCGGUACAAGUCUCGCCCACGGUGGCGCCGGCAGCCUUCUCAUCGCUUACGCUCUCUACCCGUGCAUCCUUGCCCUCGUCAAUAACUCAAUUGCCGAAAUGACGACAUACAUGCCCGUCUCUGGAGGUUUCAUCCGUCUUGCUGGUCACUGGGUAGACGAUGCCCUUGGCUUCAUGGCUGGCUGGAACUUCUUCUUCUACGAGGCUCUCCUGAUUCCCUUUGAGAUUACUGCCCUCAACCUCGUCAUCAGCUUCUGGAGUGACAAGGUUACCGAGCCCGGCCCCACUGCCGGCAUCUGCGCCGCCGUCAUCAUCUGCUAUGCUGGCCUGAAUCUGCUGGCCGUUCGCGGAUAUGGCGAAGCCGAAUUUUGGCUCUCUGGUGGUAAGGUGAUCUUGAUCUUCAUCCUCUUCGGCUUCACCUUCGUCACCAUGGUGGGUGGCAACCCCCGCGGCCACGCCUACGGCUUCUAUCACUGGCAGCAGAGCGGUGCUUUCCGCGAGUACAUUGACCAUGGUCACCUUGGCCGCUUCGAGGGAUUCCUGGCCGCUCUAUGGGGAGCGAGCUUCGCCGUCGUCGGUCCCGAGUACAUUUCCAUGGUGGCUGCCGAGGCCAAGCGCCCUCGCAUCUAUCUCAAGACUGCUUUCAAGACGGUUUACUUCCGAUUCGGCAUCUUCUUCUUUGGCAGCGCCCUGUGCGUUGGCAUCGUGCUCCGCUCCGACGACCCCACUCUGCAGGCCGUUGCUGACGGGAAGUCGAGCUCGUCCGGAGCUGCCGCUUCACCUUAUGUCAUGGCCAUGUCCAACCUCAACAUCACGGUACUGCCUGACAUUGUCAACGUGCUGCUCAUGACGUCCAUCUUCUCGGCCGGAAACACGUACACCUAUUGCGCCACUCGAUCGCUGUACGGCCUCGCCCUCGAAGGCCGCGCCCCCCGCUUCCUGCGCAAGACGUGGAGCAACGGUGUGCCCUUUUACUGCUUCUGCGUCGUCAUGAUCUUCCCGCUCCUCUCGUUCCUCUCGGUCAGCUCCGCCUCGUCCAAGGUCAUUGACUGGUUCGUCAGUCUCACCACGGCCGGUGGCCUUAUCGACUACAUGAUCAUGAACAUCACCUUCAUCUUCUACUACCGCGCCUGCGAGGCGCAGGGAGUCGACCGCAAGAAGAUGCCCUACUAUGGCUACUUCCAGCCGUACGGCGCCUAUGUUGCCCUGGUGGUGCAGACGCUUAUCUGCAUCUUCUACAACUACGAGGCCUUUUACCCCGAGUUCAACGUCGAGACCUUUUUCCGCGGAUACACGAUGCAGUGCGUCAUGCCCUUCUUGUUCAUUGGGUGGAAGCUCCUCAAGCGCACCCGCUUUGUCAAGCCUCACGAGGCGGAUCUCACCUGGGAGGCCCCCAUGAUUGACCGCUACGAGGAGCGCUUCACGUCUAAGCCUCCCGGUUUCUGGAUGGAGAUUGGUUGGGUGCUGGGCAUCAAUCGCAAGGCGAAGGCUGAGUUGGCGGAUGACAUAUGA